AUGGUGCGCCGUUCCAAUUUCUUCGGUGUACCGGCAUUAUUUCGCUGGCUCAGCAAAAAGUAUCCUAAGAUCAUCCUUCCAGUUGUAGAAGAAGAAGAAUCAAAGAUUCCAGAUGUUGAAGGCAACGAGGUCGUAAUUCCCAUCGAUAUUUCUCGUCCUAAUCCUAAUGACAUGGAGUUCGACAACCUCUACCUGGACAUGAAUAAUAUUGUUCAUCCCUGUACACAUCCUGAAGGAAAACCGGCCCCAGAAACAGAGGAAGAGAUGAUGCUCGAAGUUUUCAAAUAUACUGAACGACUUGUGAAUAUGGUCCGUCCUCGCAGACUCCUGUUCAUGGCCGUCGACGGUGUCGCUCCUCGUGCCAAGAUGAAUCAACAACGGUCUCGGCGUUUCCGGUCUUCGCAAGAGGCGAAGGAUAAAGAAGAGGCUCAUAAGGAGGCAAUAGCCAUGUGGGAAGCCAUGGGUAAAACGUUGAGCGAAGAGGAGAAGAACAAAAAAUCCUGGGAUUCCAAUGCAAUCACUCCCGGAACCCCAUUCAUGGAUCUUUUAGCAUCGUCGUUGAGAUACUGGGUAGCCCACAAAAUGAACACGGACCCGGGGUGGAGUCAAUUACAGGUUAUCAUAUCUGAUGCAAACGUCCCGGGUGAAGGAGAACACAAAAUUAUGGAGUUCAUCAGACGACAGCGUUCCAACCCUGGCCACGAUCCUAAUACUCGACAUGUAAUAUACGGAUUGGAUGCGGAUCUCAUCAUGCUAUCGUUAGCUACCCAUGAACCCUACUUUCGAGUGCUUCGAGAAGACGUCUUUUUUCAGGAAGGUAGUCGCACUGCGUGUCGCAUUUGCGGGCAGGAAGGGCACUACGCUGCACAAUGUACUGGUCAGAAGGCAGAAAUUUCAAAACCUCCCCCAGAAAAGAAACCUUACGUGUUUCUCGAUGUCGCUAUUCUGCGCGAGUAUCUCGAGGCCGAACUGAACCUGCCACAUGCCCCGUUCCCAUUUAAUUUGGAACAAGCUAUUGAUGACUGGGUGUUCCUGAUUUUCUUCGUUGGAAACGACUUUUUGCCUCAUCUUCCAUCACUUGAAAUCAGAGAAGGAGCUAUUGAUACUCUCUUGAGGAUCUGGCGAGAGGAGCUGCCUAGAAUGGGCGGUUACCUCACCAAUCAUGGCCAAGUCGAGCUAUCUAGGGCUCAUAUUAUUCUAGAGGGUCUCGCUCAACGUGAAGAUGACAUUUUUCGCCGUCGGCGGGAAGCCGAGGAACGUCAAGACCACGAGGCAAAGCGUCGCAAGAUUCAGAAAGAUAUGGCAGUUAAGGGUUCUGGGCCCUCGUCAUCCUUAAAUCUAGCUGCGCCCCCUACCGCUCCAUCUUUAACGACGACGACUAUUUCCCAUCCACUGCCUGCUCGACCGGGUGGAGAUUUUGCUGCGAAUGCCGAUAGCAUCGGUCUAGGUGGACCGAAAAACGUAGAGACCGCUUUACACACUCCGGCGGCUGCUCAGGCACUCGCAGGAUCGAAUCGUGAUGUGGUCGCAAACAGACGUGCCAUUCGUAUGGCAAACAUGAGUGCUGCUGAGAUGCUGAAGGCUGAGAUGGCCGGGCUUGUACCCGUGAAACCUAGUGCUUCGUCAAAGCCUGCUGCAAUUGUUAGCUCUGGUGAUUCUCGUAGUCCCGAAGCUGCGACAGCGUACGCCGAAAAUUCAUACACGAAUGGUGCUAUGGAUGGUGAUAACGAUGUUCCUGGUUUGGGCAACACGACUGUUAGCACUGAGGCGGUCGCAAUUUCGGACGUCGCAACUCAAGCAGCUAGUGGGGAUGAAGAGCCCGAGGCUACCAUUGCUUCUGAAGAUGCUACCAUGUAUCUUGAGGAUAAUAGUAAAGAUUCACGUGGCAUCAAGCGUAGUGUCGACGAGAUGGAUGAGGAUGAGGAGAAUGUCGGCUCUGACGACGAGGACACCUCACUAUCUGCAACACUAGCCCUGAAGGUCAACCCAGAUGGCUCAGUGGAACAGGAAGACUUCGUGAAGUUGUGGGAACCUGGGUACCAAGAACGAUACUAUCGUCAGAAAUUUGGCGUUGAAUAUGGCGAUGUCGAGUUUCGCAAAAAGGUCGCUAAGCAUUAUAUUGAAGGGAUGGCGUGGGUCCUACAAUACUAUUAUCAAGGAACUCCAUCAUGGCAAUGGUAUUAUCCAUACCAUUUCGCUCCUUUCGCAUCGGACUUCAAGACUGCCCAGAACAUGAGCAUCAAAUUCGAUCCUGGCCAGCCUUUCAAGCCGUUUGAACAGCUGAUGAGCGUCUUUCCUGCCGCAAGCCGACAUCUCAUUCCCAAAGUCUUCCACGAGCUGAUGACUGAGGAAUCUUCGCCAAUCAUCGAUUUCUAUCCUUCAACGUUCCAAAUUGAUAUGAAUGGCAAGAAGAUGGCGUGGCAGGGAGUCGCGUUGCUACCUUUUAUAGACGAAAGGCGUCUGCUGGACGCAAUGACGCCUCGCUAUUCGAACCUCACCGAUGAAGAAAAACGUCGCAAUAAGUGGGGUAACAACGUUUUAUAUGUGUUCGAGGAACAUUCGUUGUACCCUUCACUAGAAGCUUUGUACGGCAAACGCAAGACAGACGAGCCAAUGCCGGUGGACCCGAAAGCAAGCAAAGGGAUCAACGGAAGCCUACUCCCUAAUCCUGACUGUAUUCCAGGCUCUACAUACUACUCCCCCUUAAAUGGUCAGAAUUUAGCCGAUAUACGAAACGAUAGGUCUUUGUCGGCGUGGUAUCUCCCUCCCAAACAGCUAACGCCACACCGGUCGGUUUUGCUUCCGGGUGUGCGCAGGCCCAAGCCCGUCCUUUCACAAAAUGAUAGGGAAGUUGUAAAGCGCGGCCGUGGCCGUGGUCGCGGGCGCGGUGACGGUGGCCCUCCAGGACGUGGCAUGCAUCCAAGUGGGUCCUCGUAUAGUGGAAAUUCGUACAACAAUGGUCGCGACUAUGGAGGCCGGGGCGAUCGACAAUAUGGGAGCGCAUACAAUCCACCAACUCAUAACUCCUAUGCGCAACCGCCCAUGUCGUAUCAGUCGCAGCCUUCCACUGAUUACUAUCCUGGCGCGAGGGGAGGCCCUCCUCCAUCACACAGUGCUCCUCGCGGGAGAGGCUCGGCGAGAGGUCGUGGCUCUCAAUCUGGUGGGCCGUAUGGUGGCUAUUCCAAUGGCCAAGGGUAUGGUGCAGGGAGCGUGGAUAGUGGCUAUGGAGGGUAUGGAGGUGGGGGAGGGUAUGGCGGGUACGGAGGUGGAGGUGGAGGCAGAGGUGGUGGAGGAUACGGAGGAUAUCGCGACGGACCGACAUCUAACAACGGCUACUCUGCACCCCGCGGUAACCCACCUUACGGUAAUACACGCGGUGGUGCAUAUCAAUCAAGAGGGAGAGGGAGAGGUGGUCGGUUUUAA